AUGGAGAAGCUCUUGGAGCUGAGCGCAGCGCUCACCCCGCAGUUGCAGGCGCAGGACGAAGAUCAAUACGACAGAAUAGCGCUGGGUCUAGUCUCCGCGUUGAAUAAACACCCUUGGCAAGAUCAACCUCCUGUGAAGAGCGAGGACCUUGAUGGUAUCCCUUCUGCCGACACCAUUCUCUUCUCCUACUUCCUUGUCGCUGCAAUAGAGGCAGCCAGCGCAGGUGGAAAAGCCGCCUCGAGACAAUUACCUGCAGCCGUCUUACAAGGAGGAUCGUUGUGGCGUCAUAUCACUCAGUUCCUUUUCGACUUCGAUCCGGUCCAGGCGAGAUACUGUGGGGCACACUUGCUAAAAGUACUCGACUGCGUGGCAACUGGAGCUGAACAGACUGAGGACUACGACCUCCCCAUACAGUUGUUACGCGAUUCUAUUCUACGAUUAGACGAUACCUCUUCCACCCUGACCUCCACACAUCUCACCUUCGUACGAAUAUGUCUCUUAUCACAUGCAUGCUACCGUAGCACCGAUAUUCUCAGCAUGCCAAUCGGUCACAUUCCAAUAUCGCACAACGAAACCCAUGGGCCCAACAACAUAUGCUCAGCUUCCCAGCCACCUUGGAAAUACCUUACUCCAGCCACGGGCCUGACUCAGCCGGUCACGAAUCGCAUGUUCAUGGAAUAUUACCUCCUCGGCGGUCUUUGUUAUAUGACAGAAGGACGAUAUCGAGAAGCCUUAUUCUUCCUUGAAGUCGUCAUCUCGACCCCGACAGUGCCCAACGUGGCCAGCUUGAUCAUGGUCGAGGCAUACAAGAAGUGGCUUCUUGUUGGCCUUCUCCUUGAUGGUGUUGCCCGAACAGCCCCCAAGUACGCGUCCGCGAGUGCAAUGAGGUACAUUCGAGCUAUUGCGAGACCGUACGAAUGUGUGGUAGAGGCAUUCAAGGCGAACAAUAUCGAUCGUCUACGUCAAGAGAUAGAGGCCGGGCUUGGCGUGUGGCAAGAAGACGGAAACUAUGGACUCAUGGUUAAGGUCUUUCAGUCCUACCGCAGACUCUCGAUCGAGAGAAUCGGUAAGAUGUUCGAAGCAGUUCCGAUUGCCGAGAUUGCAGCGAGGACCUCGCCCAACCCGAACGACAUUGACGAAACAAAGUCUUACAUUGAAUCAAUGAUUCUUAAGAGACAACUUAAGGCCGUAUUCAUAUCUUCCGAGAAAGGAGACAUGCUACGAUUCUCGCCGGAAGAACAGAAAGCCGAGACCAGUAUUAAACACUUUCUGGGAUGGCAGAUACGAGACCUUGAAGACCUCCUGACACAGGUGAAGGACACCGAUCAUCGCCUUGGACUGAGUAAAGAAUAUAUUGAGUUCUUGAAGAAACUCAAGAAAAUCCAGGAUGAUGAGAAGAGGGGCGGUUCUUCCAGCAAGGCACGGGCUGACGACGUCGAUGAGGACAUGAUGGAAGAGUACUAG